AUGAUUUUAUUCUUACAGGCUCUAAUGGCUACUGCUCUUUUUAGGAUCUGGCCUACUUUGUUGUUCAUGGGUGGUUGGGCGACUAUGGUGGUUUGUGUUUCGAAUUAUACCACAGCCAAUUUAGGUGUGCCGAGUACUUUACUCACCGCUUUGGGUGUGGUUCUCGGUCUGACCUUGAAUUACAGAACAUCGUCAGCGUAUGAACGAUAUACGGAGGGUAGAAGGAUGUGGUCACAGAUCACUCUGGCAUCAAGAACAUGGGCACGGAUCGUUUGGAUACACUGCCCCGAUACAUCAACUCCUACCCCUUCCACAGACCCAGAUGUGCGAGCUAAAGAUCAAGUUAGAUCUGAGAUUGAAAAGGCUACGAUAGUUCAGAUGGCUCUGGCGUUCGCUGUGUCUGUGAAGCAUUAUCUCCGCGGGGAGGAAGGAAUCUACUACGAAGAUCUAUACGAUCUAGUCAACUUCAUCCCAUCCCUUCACCUCCCUUCUGGUCUGCCUUCAUCUCAAGACGCAAACAUCAACAUCGGUCGUCCUCCUACUUCUAACUACAACACAUCCACAAUCAGCACUGUUCGUUCGUCCGAAUCCAAAUCUCCUUCUGAUACACCUCUCGAACCGAUCAACCCCAGCAUGACUCCACAUUCCGCCAACCAUAACGCCUCAUACGACCGACCGUACCUGAUGCCGGCUAUGAACCCUCCUAAAUUUCAUCUUUCCUCAGUAUGGCCAUUCAAAUAUUUCCGAACACGACAUCAAUCUUCCACUCACGCAGCACGUAAACUUAUGCGUCGUCAAGCUCAAUCGGCAGAUGACAAUCAUAACGUGCCAUUGGAGAUAACGCUCUACAUGUCCACUUAUAUCUACGCGCUUCAAAGAAGAAAAACCACCGAUGUUCCAACGCUAAACGCGUUAAUUGCAGCUUUGGCUCAAAUGACGGACGCUUUGUCGACUUUGGAACGAAUCUUGACGACACCCAUUCCUUGGAGUUAUAACGCGCAUAUAUGGGAGGUCAGUUGGAUGUAUUGUUUGUUCCUACCUUUUCAACUGUACGAAGCGGGUUUCGGAUGGGUGACGAUACCUGCUGUGAUGUUGACAUCUUAUGUCAUAAUUGGUAUACUUGACAUUGGAGGUGAAAUUGAAAAUCCAUUUGGGUACGACAAGAAUGAUCUUAACCUUGAUUUCUUCACCGAGGAGAUUAUCCGUCGUGAACUCGCUGCGGUCAUUUCCAGACCCGUCCCGUUGGCAGAAGAAUGGAUGUUCAGCCCUCACAACCGGGUCAUAGGGGGUGUGAGUGUGCAAGAGUUGGAAAGGGGUGGAAUACAGGAGGUGAGAAGGAGGUUGAGAGGGAUGUGUGAGGGGGUGGAUGGGCGUGUUUGA